CUAAAAUCUCAAUUUCUUUUUGCUGAGUACGAUUCAGCUUCUCCUCCUCUCUUGUAGCGAUUCCUCUCUUCGUUAAAAAAAAAACCCUAAAUUACUUCUGAAUUUAUCUGAAACAAAUCGAUUCCUGAGAAUUCGAAUCACCUUGUGAUUCGUGAGAAACUUCGACAAACAAAUUGAAGCCACUGCGACAUCAAUCUUGAUAUGUCUGAUUUAGAAGUUUCGGAUACUCUUGCAAUGGGUGGAGAAAGUGCAAACGAAGGAUCAUCGUUACCAAGUCAAUCUUUAGCAAUACAUGAUCAAGUAAGUACUAGAAAACGACGACAAUAUUCGCGUGUAUGGGAUCAUUUUUCAAAAGUUGGGAAUAGAGUCGUUUGCAAGUAUUGUAGAAAGGAUUAUGCGGAUAAUGUUGAAAGGAAUGGAACAUCUAAUCUCCUUCGACAUUUGGUCAUAUGCAAAGGAAUGCCUGAUAAAUUUUCAGAGAUGCUUGCUCGUGAAGGAAUGAUUAUAGCUAAAAAGAUUGAUUGUGUGAUGGUUCGCAAGUUUUUAGCCGUGGCAAUCAUAGAACACGAUCUCCCUUUUUCAUUUGUGGAGUACAAGAGAGUUAGGCAGUUACUUAAGUACAUGAAUCCAGAAUUCAAUCCAAUUUCUAGAAACACGAUUGUUGCUGAUAUUCUGAGAUUACAUCAAAGUCAAAAAGAGAAACUAAAAGGUGAGAUGGUUGCUGUUUCGAAUAGGAUUUGUUUGACGACUGAUGUUUGGAGGUCUAUAGCCAUUGAAGGAUAUAUAUGCAUCACUGCACAUUAUGUUGAUGAUAGAUGGAAGCUAAACAGUAAGAUACUUACUUUUAGUGCCAUGCCUCCUCCACAUUCUGGGAAUCAGUUGGCAAAGAAGGUUUUAGAUUGUUUGAAAGAUUGGGGGAUAGAAAAAAAAAUAUUUUCUCUCACGCUUGAUAAUGCCUCAGCAAACGAUACUAUGCAAAAGAUAUUGAAGGAUCAGCUUUGUCUACAACAGGGUUUGUUAUGCGAUGGGAAAUUUUUUCAUGUUCGAUGUUGUGCACAUAUUUUAAAUCUUAUUGUGCAAGAAGGCCUGAAAUUGGUUGAUUCUGCUCUACAUAAAAUCAGAGAGAGUGUGAAGUAUGUAAAAUGGUCAGAGGGAAGGAUGAAAAUGUUCGAGGAAUGUUGUGAACAAGUUGGUGUUGAAAGUGGAAUGAGUUUGAGUUUAGAUGUUGCCACAAGAUGGAAUUCUACUUAUCUGAUGCUCAAGAUCGCUAUUAAGUAUGAGCGUGCAUUUAGUAGUUUGCAAUUGCUUGAUAGAAACUAUAAGUAUAAUCCAUCUAGUCAAGAGUGGCGAAGAGGACAAAAGAUCUGCGAGUUUUUGGAGCCCUUUUAUGAGAUCACCAACUUAUUCUCUGGCUCUAAAUAUCCUACUUCAAAUUUGUAUUUCUUCCAAGUGUGGAGAAUAGAGUGUUUGCUCAAAGAGUACAUGAAAAAUGGAGAAGAUGAUAUCAUUCAAUCCAUGGCCAGCAACAUGAAAGAAAAGUUUGAUAAAUAUUGGGAGGAGUAUAGUGUGACACUUGCGUUUGGAGCGGUUCUAGACCCUAGAAUGAAGUUGGAAUUAUUGGAAUUUGCCUACAAUGAAGUUGAUCCCACCACUUCUAAGGAAAAGAUAGCUCACGUGAAAGAAAACUUAGUGUUACUCUUUGAUCAAUAUAAGAACAGAUCACUAACUGCAAGUUCUUCACGUGGAGCUAUAAGUCCAAGCUGGUGUGUUGCAAGAGGUAGAGGAAGAAGUUUGACUGCUUUGAAUGCUUUCAAAGCAUAUGAGAAAAGAACUGCUGCACAGGAGGGGCGAUCUGCUUUGGAAAUGUAUUUAGACGACAAAAGGUUAGAAAUGAAUGAGUUUGACGAUAUUGAUGUAUUACAGUUUUGGGAAAGCCAUAAGCAACGAUAUGGUCCCUUAGCUCAGAUGGCAUGCGAUAUUCUCAGCAUUCCAAUUACUACAGUGGCAUCUGAAUCAUCUUUUAGUAUUGGCGCUCAUUUGUUGAACAAGUAUAGAAGUCGUCUUCGCUCGUCUAAUGUUGAAGCGCUUAUUUGCACGCGAAACUGGUUGGUUGGAUAUGAAGUUUGUGAAAAUGGUGAAAAAGGAGAUGAUGAUAAUGACUAUAACCCCGACAUCGUUGAUGAUCAUGAUGGUGGAAAUAAUGACAAUGAAGAGAAUGAUGAUGAUUUGGCAACUAUGUCGGACUAUUUUAGAUUAGAUCGAGAGGAAAUGGCAUAGAUUAGGAGAUUAUAUUAUGAGAAACAAUGGGAAGAAUGAUCAGUGUUAUUAUGAUAUGCAAAUAGAUUUGGGUUUUGAUUUGUAUUUGGUUUAUGAAUUAUGUGUUUGGUUUAAAUCUAUUAAUAGAGUGAUGCAUUUUGAUUUGU